UCAUGGUAACCAGGAAGAGAUGUGGACCUAGGCGAUGCGGUGUAUCAGGUGUCGCACCCCCCAGGGAGCCCAUCACCUUAGCAGCAGCGAUGCUUCGUGCGGAGGAUAGAGUCUGUAUGUAGCCCUGCACCAUGUGGGCGCAGUAUAAGUAUUCGGCGUUACCUCCGGCAUUAGAGGGGUCGACACCAUCACAGUCUACAAAAUCAGAUGCUUCUAACUCGUGGUUGGUGUGGUGCUGUCACAUUUGGAUGACCUGCCUUUCAUUUUUAAUUCUUCUCAUCACUUUACCCAUAUCCAUCUGGUGCUUCCUAAAGAUCGUCCCAGAUUAUGAGAGGUUAUUGGUAUUUCGCCUUGGUCGGGUACGUCCACCCAAAGGUCCUGGACUUGUCCUGCUGCUCCCUCUAAUUGACCAUUUUCAGAGAAUAGACAUGAGAACAAGAGCGUUCAGCAUACAUCCAUGUAAGGUCAAGUCUCGGGAUGAUGUGCCGGUAUCUGUAGGAGCUGAUGUUCAGUUUAGAGUCUGUGAUCCUGUACUGUCUGUGCUGUCUGUCCAGGACCUUAAUUUUGUAAUCCAGAACACGGCAGAGAACCUGUUGGCGCAGAGCUUGGGCCGCAAGUACCUUCGAGAGAUCUAUGGUGACCGAAUACGUCUAGGAGAACAUUUUAAGGAGGAUAUUAACGAGCAGGUGAAGCCAUGGGGGGUUUGUGUGGAGCAUGUGGACCUUCAUAUGGAAGCUGUCCUACGACCUCAAGAAGAGCACGUGAAUCUUCUCAACACUCCACAAGCUGUAAACCCCAAUGGUGGAUUCGAGCAGCUCAUCAUGCAGUUUGUCUCUAUGGCCAAGCAAGCUUCAGGAACAGAUGCAAAACCAUCUACAGCUGUUACAGAUCUGUCAUUACAUGAGAUGUUGUCUCGAUUGGAGGGGACCUUGUCAGAAUCAUUGGUCUCUGAAAUUAGGUCUUCAUAUCAGCUGUAUGUGAUCCAAAAAGACGGCAAGAGAUUUGCAUGUUUCCUUGAUCUAACAUCAGGAGCAGGACUUUCUGGAAUGGGAGUCCUCACUUCUUCUCCCGAUGUUACCCUAGAGAUUACAGAAGCCGAUCUCCUGUCUCUCAUUCGGGGAGAUUUAAAUGCCAUGGCUGCUUACACAACAGGUCGCUUGCUUGUCACAGGGAAUCUACAGACUGCUCUGCGACUAGAGAAGGUCCUACAGAAAAUGAGAUCCUGAUGCUAUUCCAAAAUUUAUUUUUUCACUCCUGUUUUUUUGUAAGAUAGGUUUUUAUAUAUAAAGAAAAUAAUAUGGA